AUGGUGAACAUGCAGAUGUUCUGUAGCAGCCCGGAUCUCACCACCCCGCAUGGGGGAGCUCCAUUCCAGGGCUGGCGGAAAGGCUUUGGAUUUGGCCACAGUAAAGGUCCAGGAGGAUACAUGCAUGAUCCUUCGAUGGUGAUCCAGCUGCGCUGCAGCCCCAAGGAGGACCGCUGCCUCGCCAGUAGCGCCUUCUGGCGACGCAAAUGGGAGCUGGGCCAAGCGAAUUCCUUCGGCAUUGGCGAGCGUCCCAACUAUGGACGGCUUGAAGAUGCGGAUGUUGGGCCCAACACCUACGGCGACUACUCCUCACAGGUCGCCAAGGUGAAGAGGAAUUACAUCCGGCCGGGCAUCAAGAUGAAGCCCCGCUUCGAGACCAUGGAGGAGAAGCAGCGGGAUCCUCGAAGCGGACAUGGUGGGCCUGGGCCGGCGAAGUACAACUGCAGCAUUCCCACAGGUGGGUCCGAGCGUUUCUUCAGGGAUCGAAUCAGCAAUCCCAGGGAUGAUGUGGUGCAGCCUUGGAUCGAUCUGGUGCAGCCUUGGAUGCAUCGAACUUCUUGGGAAAGGAAUGUUGGAUGA